CAGAGAACUCCCUGAUAAUUUCCUGCAACAUUUUCGUCUGAACACGAGCCAAACGAGGACACUACUUGGACUGUCCCGUCUUUUCUUACAGUUAUUCUUUAGUGUUAUAGUAGAGUGAGUGUCAGGACGGGACAUUGCGCCUCCACCUGCUGGGACAAGACCGGAGCGUGCGUUACAGGCGCCAUAUGGAUGGGGCUGGUCAUUUCUGAGCGCACCACUCUAGAGGCGCGGGGCUGCCGCUUGGCUGAAGCCGCGGAGAGGACACGGAGGGCGCAGGGAUGAUGAGGGACUCCGGUGCACCGGCUGUGGAGCGGCUCGGGCUGGAGGACGUGGCCGAGGAGGAAGACGCACUGACCGCGGAGAGCACGUCCAUGAGCGCCCUGGAGCCCGGAAGCUGCUGUCAGGUGGAAAGUAGCGCGGAGAUGAGCAGAGAGUGGGAGGAUCGGCACAAACCUGGCGGCCCUCUGUCCCAAACUGAGGCAGAGUUUAUUCACUUCAGGAAGCAGUCGUCUUACAGGAAAGCCAUAGCCAAGUCAGGCCUCCGGCAGCUGCCCUCUGACCCCUGCACCUCGUCCCUGGGCAGAAUGGAGCCUGAGCCGCACCUCCGCACUGCUGUGGACUGGAGCGAGGGGGCGGUGUAUGGGGAGCACAUGUGGUUUGAGACCAACGUGUCCGGAGACUCCUGCUACGUGGGAGAGCAGGACUGUGUGGCCCGGGCACUGCAGAAAUCAUCAAGUCGAAGGAAGUGCGCGGCCUGUAAGAUAGUAGCUCACACCGUCUGCAUUGAACAGUUGGAGAAGUUUCCCACUUCCAGAGCCAUGCUGUUGGAUUCCAUUCUCCCACUCAAUGACCCCAGUUUUAGAAUUAAUUUUAGGUGCAAACCGUCUUUCCGCGAAGGAGGGCCAAGGAAUCACAGAGAGCCUCUGGUGGUCCGCCAUCACUGGGUCCACCGUAGGAGACAAGAGGGCAAGUGUAAGCAGUGUGGGAGGGGCUUCCAGCAAAAAUUCACCUUCCACAGCAAAGACAUAGUGGCCAUCAGCUGCUCCUGGUGCAAACAGGCUUACCACAAUAAAGUGUCCUGCUUCAUGCUCCAGCACAUAGAGGAGCCGUGCCCAAUAGGAGCCCACGCCGCGCUUAUAGUCCCUCCCACCUGGAUCGUUCGAGUCCGCCGGCAUCAGUCUUCAGUGAAAAACAGUAAGAAGAACAAGCGAGCGUCGUUUAAAAGGAGGAGCAGCAAGAGGGCGUCUGAGGAGGGCCGACCGUGGAAGCCAUUUCUGAUCCGACCUGUUCCCUCUCCUCUUAUGAAACCUCUGCUAGUUUUUGUCAACCCAAAGAGCGGAGGAAACCAGGGCACAAAGAUCAUGCAGUCGAUGAUGUGGUACCUGAACCCCAGACAAGUGUUUGACCUCAGCAACGGAGGGCCCAAGGAGGGGCUGGAAUUGUACCGCAAAGUGCCAAACCUGAGGAUCCUGGCCUGUGGAGGCGACGGCACAGUUGGCUGGAUCCUGUCAUGUCUUGAAGACCUCUCGUUCAACCCUCAGCCCCCCGUUGCCGUGUUACCCUUAGGAACAGGGAACGACCUGGCCCGGACUCUCAACUGGGGCGCGGGCUACACAGAUGAGCCUCUGUCGAAGAUCCUGUCCCAUGUGGAGGACGGGGACGCGGUGCAGUUGGACCGGUGGAACCUGCGCGUCGAGCCCAACCACAGCGUUCCCACAGACUCGGACGAGCAACAGACCGAUAAGCUCCCUCUAGAUGUCUUCAACAACUACUUCAGUCUUGGUUUCGACGCCCAUGUCACACUGGGGUUUCAUGAGUCCAGAGAAGCAAAUCCGGAGAAGUUCAACAGCCGCUUCAAGAACAAGAUGUUUUAUGCUGGGACCGCCUUCUCCGACUUUUUAUCGGGGAGCUCCAAGGAUCUCUCCAAGCACAUCCAAGUGGUGUGCGAUGGAACCGAUCUGACAGCCAAAGUGCAGGAGCUGAAGCUGCAGUGUUUGGUCUUCCUCAACAUCCCCAGAUACUGUGCUGGGACGACUCCGUGGGGGAACCCUGGGGAGCACCAUGACUUUGAGCCUCAGAGACAUGACGAUGGAUACAUAGAAGUGAUCGGCUUCACCAUGACAUCACUGGCGGCGCUGCAGGUCGGGGGUCACGGAGAGAGACUGCACCAGUGUCGAGAAGUUACCCUCACCACCAACAAGGCCCUGCCCGUUCAGGUGGACGGUGAGCCGUGCAAACUGUGCCCAGCCGUCAUCCACAUCAGUCUGAGAAACCAGGCCAACAUGCUGCAGAAAACCAAGAGACGCACCUCGGCACUACACCUCAACGACCAGCAGGCGGUCCCGGAGAGGCUGAGGGUGCGGGUGAAUCGGGUGGGCAUGGCGGACUACGAGACCCUGCAUUAUGAUAAAGAGCGACUUCGGCAAUCUUCCAUCCCCCUGGGACUGAUCGUGGUGCCGGGUGACAGCGACUUGGAGACGUGCCGAGAACACAUCCAGCGCCUGCAGGAGGAAGAAGCCAAGACCGUCUCCUCACAGCGCCUAUCUCCAAAGUGGUGUUUCCUUGACUCCACGACUGCAGACCGCUUUUACCGGAUAGAUCGAGCUCAGGAGCACCUGAACUACAUCCUGGAGCUCUCCCACGAGGAGAUCUUCAUCCUGGACCCGGAGCUGGUCGUCAUGGCGACGGUGGGCACGGACCCGUCAGACACGCUUGACCCGGCCGACUCGGGGAGCAGCAUACCAAAGCAGAGGAACCAAGGAGACGAGGAGAGGAGGGGCGAGGAAAGCAUGGAUACCCACACUGGAAAAGAAAUAUUUGAAUGUGUAAAGAAAAUGGAUUUGAAAAUGCUUCAGGAGCUGCACUCAAAGGGGGCGGACCUCACCAUACUGGACCAAUCAGGAUGCAGUAUUUUGCACCACGCUGUCAGCACAGGAAGUAAAGAGAUGGUCAGCUACAUUGUGAAAAAUGUUCCAGACCUACUGGAUGUGGCAGAUACAGUACUAGGAGAGACGGCCCUGCACCGUGCCGCCGCUCUGGGUCAGAGAACCAUCUGUGGAUACCUGGUGGACGCGGGGGCGGAGCUUAUGAAGGUGGACGCUCAGGGGGAGACUGCAAAGAACCGAGCUGAGAAGGCCAAAGAUCUGGAGCUGGCGGCCUGGCUGGACAACAAACAGCAUGCACAGAUGAUCCAGAGGGAGGACCAGGAAACUGCCGUCUGAAACAAUCUGAACCGGUCUCAACAUAAAACAACUGGCACAUACUGGACUGAACGGGACUCGAGUGUUAUGAACUGAAGAAAACUGCUGUCUGAACUGGAAUCAACUGGUCCAGACUGGUUUAAACGGGAAUCAAAAGAACUAUGAACUAGAGUGAACUGCUGUCUAAACUGGAACCAUCUAGUCUGAACCGGAAUGGACUCGUCUGAACUGGUUUGAACCGGAUUGUGCUGCUGUAUGAGCUAGAAUUAACUGGUCUAAACUGGUAUGAACUGGUCUGAACUUGUCUGAACUUGUAUGAACUGAUCUGAACUGGUUUGAACUGGAUUGUGCUGCUGUAUGAGCUAGAAUUAACUGGUCUGAACUUGUAUGAACUUGUAUGAACUGGUCUGAACCAGAUUGUGCUGCUGUAUGAGCAAGAAUUAACCGGUCUAAACUGGAAUUUACUGGAAUGAACUAAACCAGGAUUAUAACUGGACUAAACCAAUAAACCCAUAGACUGAACAGUAUAUUAAAGUCAUUAUUAAAUGUAACUUUGACUAUUUAAAUGUGACCAAAUGUUAAGACUUGAUUUAGUUUUAGUUGAAUGAAAUUGCAUGCUUACUUCUGUACCACAAUGUUAUUUUUUUACUAUAUUCCUGUAUGUUAAAAAAUACAAAGUAGUUCAUAUAGAUGAAGAAAAUAUCUAGUUUUGCGUAAAAUGCCCAAAAGUGCUCUUAUCUGAGGAAAGAGAAUUUGAUUUUGAAUUUUGAUUUGAAUGAUUUCUACACAUAUUCACUCUUCAUUUAGACGCAUAUUUACAUAAAAAAAAAAAAAUUUACUCUUUUUUAAAUAUAUACAAUUAACUGCCUUAAAUUCACGUGAGGGAGCAAAAUCUUUCAUUCUCUCUUGGCUGUUUUAUUCCUUUAAAAGAAUAUAAUUAUUCCAGUGCAUGCUAUUUUACACAAAUUAACUGUGAUUUAAAUAAAUGUUAUAAGCUGAUGAGCAACUGAUUAAUUGUGAAAUGUGAAAAUGUUAAGCCAGUUUAUUUUUCAGCCAGUGAUUUUGUUUUGUGAUUUUGAUCAAUAUACAUUUUUAAUGUACUUCAUAAAAACAUGUGAAGCUUGUUUACCUGGAGCACACACGGCCUGCUCUCCUCUAACAAUAAACCUGUUCUCCUUUUUAAAUAAAAUAUACAAAAACUG